GCCACUGCUUCUCCUUGCCGAAGAAAAAGGCAUCAUGCCUGCGAACAAACGAAAACUCCCUUUGCAACCCAAACCUGAACCCCAUCAUCUUCGGCUGUCGAGCCGAUCAAGAAGGAUCCGUUACGCAGCUGACACCGAAAGCGAUAGCGAAACAACUUGCAGACCAAUUCCGGUCGUGUCGCCGAAACGAUCGAGUCAUAACCAGCGGAACAACGCUAAGUCGGAGGAGUCGGGAGACGAGUAUGUCGACGAGUCAGAAGAGGAACAAGCCGAAAUAGGUCAAUCUCAUGGAGACCUGGACGAAGACGAGUCGCCAAGAUUGACGAUAAUUCCCCUCGAACAGAUGAGAUCGGCUGGCGGUGUCGAAUACGUCGGCUUCAGGGUUCAUCCAAACAGCUUGAUGUUUCUGACAGACCUGAAGAAUAAUAAUAAGAGAGCGUGGCUGAAAGCCCAUGAUGGAGAGUUCCGUCGAGCUUUUUUGGACUGGGAGACCUUUGUCGAGCGGACAACAUCCUCGGUCAUGUCCAUUGACGACACCAUCCCUGACUUGCCAGCCAAGGAUGUCAUGUUCCGCAUAUACAGAGACCUGCGCUUCAGCCCCGACAAGAAGCCAUACAAGGCACACUUUUCGGCAGCGUGGUCCCGCACGGGACGGAAAGGGAUGUAUGCCCACUACUACAUCCAUUGCGAACCGGGAGCAUCUUUCAUUGCCGGCGGCAUCUUUGCUCCGAAUUCUCAGCAACUGCAGCGACUCCGUUCCAGCAUCGACGAGAGACCAAGACGGUGGCGUCGAGCCUUGAACGAAAACAGGUUCAAGCAGUGUUUUCUACCAAACGUUGCGUCGGGGUCUGGAGAGGACGAGGCGCUGAAGCAUUUUGCUCGCGAGAACAGGGAGUCGGCUCUCAAGACAAGGCCAAAGGGAUUCAUUGCUGACCACCGGGACAUCGAACUCUUGAAGUUGAGGAAGUUUACCGUGUCCAAGAAGAUCCCGGACGACUUGUUGUGUGCAGACGACACGCAGGACAAAGUCACAGAGAUUCUGAGGCCCUUGGUGGGAUUCAUCACCUUUCUCAACAGCAUAGUCAUGCCGGAUGACGACUCGAAUAUUUCAGGAAGUGACGGUUCGCAGGGGGACGCCUAGGUUUCGCUGUCCUCGGCCAUGGUGACUAGCAUUUUGCGGUGGACCAGCGGCUCUGGUCAAGCCACUCGAAGUCGACCCUUCCAGAAAUGAAAACCUAGGGAAUUUUCCCUGCAAUAAGUAGUCACAUCCGUGUUA